CUGAAAGAGUGGAGGUUUAAAAAAACAAGGCGACAAAAGGGUAAACCUGACUAGAUAGGCAUAAAAUACAGUUGCAUACAAUUACACUUGAACUAUACAGUGAUGGUUUUCACUUAGAUACAGACUGAGCAGAAAGACACUUCAUCAUCUAAAUCCAGAAUGACCUCCAAUGGCACUCUCAUCCUUGUCCCCCAUGCCAGCAUCUUUGGCAAUAAUGGCUUAACAACAGUGGACAUUGAUGCUAUUAUGGACAACAUACUUAUUGUCCUUUACACCAUAACCAUCCUACUAGGCACAACUGGGAAUGCUGUGGUCAUCUGGAUGGCUGGGUUCUCUCUCAAGCCUAAUGUCACCAAUGUGUGGUUGGUCAACCUGGCUGUGGCUGACCUGAUUUUCUGCCUGACACGUGUCACCUCUUUGAUUAAGAAGCUCUUCUAUGAUCACUGGCCUUUUGGAAUCUUCCUCUGCAAGUUCAAUGGGUUCUUCAAAUAUGCCAACAUGUUCUGCAGUGUUUUUCUACUAGCUGUUAUCAGCAUGGACCGGGCGCUUUGUGUGUGGCAGCCAAUGUUAGCUAGGCGGCGACGGACUCUUCGUACAGCACGACUUGUCAGCUUAGGAGUUUGGAUUGUGGCAGUGAUCUUCAGUGCGCCAUAUUAUGUGCAUCGGCAAGUCUAUCUUGGCAAGAACAACUUGAGCAAGUGCUCUGUGGAGGUCAAGGAGUCAACCGAAGGCGACAACACAACUAAACUGGCCUUGUACAGCAUUCGCUUCACCUGCGGCUUUCUGCUGCCCUUCCUGGUCAUCCUUACUUGCUAUGCACUCGCUGGUUUAGGGAUACGGCGAACACGUAUCUCACGCAAAUCACGACCCCUUCGAAUUCUUGUUUCACUGGUCUGUGCCUUCUUCUUGUGCUGGGGGCCAUAUCACUGCCUCCUUUUGGCAAAGAUGGUGAAUAGCAAGAGCCAGGCAGUAAAAUUGGGUCUAUCCAUAGCGAAGGGCGUGGCCUACUUCAACAGCUGUGUGAAUCCACUCCUUUACUUCUGUAUGGGUCUGGACAUCAGGCAACGCUUUAGCCAAAGCUUGUCUGGGGUUUAUUGCAGAGCUCUAGCUGAGGACUGGGAUGGGCAGAUGUCACAGUCUCAGGAAGGGUCUGUAGACGAGAGUUCCAGCUGCAUUACAAAAGUCAAAGCAACAGGAUUGGCUAAAGUCUAA